AUGUCGCCUUCAGCCAUGCACAACAAGGUCACCCCGCCAUACCACAGGCCCAAUCUCUAUGUUCAUGGUAUUGGCGUCGAAUACCCUCCUUAUGAAAUCAAGCCAGAGCACCUGGCCACUCUUGCACGACGCUUUUAUCCCAGUACUCCAGCCCUCGAAAAGGUGCUGAGGAUCAAUGAGUAUACGGGGAUCGACUCUCGUUCGGCAAUUGGCAACAUCGAUCAUCCCAUUGCGAAUGCGCCUGAACCCCCCACGAUCGCCGAGUUGUGCGAUGUGUUCCUCGACCACGGGGUGAAACUGUCAAUAGAUGCAUGCCGAAAGGCUGUUAAGCAGUGGGGAGGAGACCUCUCCGAAAUCACCCACGUUGUUGCGACUACUUGCACCAACUCGGCGAACCCAGGCUAUGACCAUUAUGUCAUCAAAGGACUCGGUCUCAACCCCAGCAUAGAAAAAAUCCUUCUGCACGGAGUGGGUUGCUCUGGUGGGCUCGGAGCGUUACGGACGGCAGCGAACAUCGCGCUUGGUUCCAGCUUUCGACGGAAGCCUGCACGCAUUUUAGUGUUUGCCUGCGAGAUAUCAAGCACCCUGGUUCGAUCAGAACUAGACUCGAUCCACAAGAACCAGGAGGUCAGAAUAGGCGUCACCUUGUUCAGUGACUGCGCCUCCGCUGUCGUCCUCGGGAAUGGAUUCAGCGACCGCUAUGACGAAGAACCCAUCUUGGAGCUCUUGGGUUGGGACCAUAAGGUUAUUGAAGACACCGAGAAGGAUCUGGGGUUCGAUGUUGACCCGCUUGGGUGGAAAGUGGUCUUGACACAGCGAGUUCCCAAACUGGCUUCAGCUGCCGUCCCGGGCAUGUUUGAAGAUCUGGUAGGAUCAAUACCAGAGCUGGUCGACCUCGGGAAGUUCAAGGCUUCGGACUACGACUGGGCGCUUCAUCCUGGUGGCGCCACGGUCAUCACCGGGGUGGAACGAGCGAUGAAUCUGAAACCCGAGCUUCUCCGCGCAAGCUAUGAGGUUUACAUUACUCACGGCAAUAGUUCCAGCGCCACCAUCUUCAGUGUGAUGAACCGACUGCUGGAGGGCGAGACGAAAGACCACAUAGUGGCGUGUGCCUUUGGCCCAGGGAUCGCUGUCGAGAUGAUGAUGCUCAAAAGAAGCAACCAGGGAUCAGACUCCGGGACUGAGAGCCCCACGGAGACUCUGGUGGCCGAGGACGUCGACUGA